AUGAUGUUAUUGAUAGUCUUGUUUUUAUCGCUCUUAACACCAUUUUCAUCUGGUGGCGAUGACAACGAGCCAGCAAGUGAUCAAGCUCAAAUGUCAUCACGAAUCGUGCACACAAAAUAUGGUGCUGUGUCGGGUAUAAUUGUGCAUCUGGAAGGGCGAAAUCUUGAGCCCGUUGAAGUGUUCAAAGGAAUACCGUACGCUUCACCGCCUACAGGUUCUCUAAGAUUUAUGCCGCCAGUUACAGCCGCAUUAUGGCCUGGCGUUAAGAAAGCUGACAGAUUCAGCGCUGUGUGUCCUCAACGUCUGCCAGACAUAUCAAAUGAGACAGCCGCUCUCGAGCGAAUGCCAAAAGGAAGACUUGAGUACCUUAAGCGACUAUUACCGUACUUAAGAAAUCAAUCUGAGGACUGCCUUUAUCUGAAUAUUUACGCGCCGAUUCAAGGUAAAAAGAAUGUUAAUAUCAAAUGA